UUCUAUUUCAAUCGUCGCUUUUAGUCAUCGCUGCUAAAUCAUCACUGCUAAAUCGUCGCUGCUAGAUAAUGGCUACAAGCUAUUUGCUACCGUUCGCUACAAGCUAUUUACUGCCGUUAGGAGCUAGACCAAAUUCGAACCACACGCACGCAACCUCAACCGCUACUCUCAUCAAGCAAAUUUCGUCUUAGCGCUAGCAUCUAAAAACAAUAAAGAUCACUGUGUGCGUUCGAAUUGUCCGCUCGAUGUUUUGGGUAACCUUUUGAGGUUACAUUCGUUCGAGUUUGGCAAAUCUCCAGUUAUUCUUACAUCUACCACGUUUGGUUCGAGUUUUUAAGCGAAGUUAUUGAAGAAAUAGCCAUUUGUUGCAUCAAACCUUCGACCCCGCUUUCACGUGUGGAAAUUCACGACGUGACAAACGGCAAGAUAUGUAACAAACGAUCACGUCCUCAGGAAAUCGAUUUAAAACAUGUCGAAGGAAAGCGAAGUCGAAUAAAUAAAUCCACGCAUUGGAGAACGAAAUCACACCCUCGAUUGGGACGGAAUCGACUCAGAAAGUUUUGAUAGAUUAAAGAGAACUAGAGGCGCAAAGAAAGGUAUCGUUACGAAAGCACAAAAUGAAAUACGCGAACUUAUGUUAGAUUUCGGAAACAUUGAACUAGUCAAAAGAAAGGUGCAGAUUCUGCAAGAAUUCGAGGGCGCCUACGCCGCUUAUCACGAGCAGCUAAAAAAAAGAUCGCGAUAUCGAUGAGUCGAACGCCUACUUUGUCGAAGUAAAGCGUGGAAUAGAGGAUAUCACAGGAGAUGUAACUGGGUAGUGUCAUCGGAACACGUCAAGGACUUCGGUAGAUUAUUAUCGCCAGCACGUGCCAUUACGGCGGGGCCGGAUACCGAGAUAAAUCCCGACGAUUCAGCGAGUAAUAAUGUACCUUCUCGAGCGUCCCACCUCAUGGGGCUCCAAAAUCUCUCGUUGUUCCAAGUCAAGUUCGGCGGCGAGCUCUCGCGCCUCUUCAGCAUCAGCUGCAAAAAAAAAGGCCAAUCUACGAAGCUAUGAGGCAAUUCAGAAGGAGGAGCUAGCACCACAACUUAUGAAGAAAGCUCUCUAGCUACAAACAGAAAUCGCAAAGGCACAAGCAGAAGAACUCGUUUACGGCGCAGCUGAAGCGUCUUAUGUCGAAAAUUCUGCCUCGCUUUUCAGACAGGAAGAUAAAUCUGUGGCACUCCCACCUCCUCAAGAAUUCACCGCAAAACAGCAGCCAAUACCUCCGAAUGAGCUACCUUUAGUUCAACGAGAAUCUCGACCUCAGCAUGACCAAGAGGAACCAAAAGCAGAACGCGUAGAGAGAGAAGCUCUGAAUCCUAACGCGAAGAGCUGGGUCCCUUUCCACGAUGGAGAAAUUGAUCGUAAGCCACGCUUGAAAUCGCUCGACGCCCUCAAGACUGGAGAGAUGAACGAUGUCAAACUGGUUCUCCGCGACCUUACCGCGACUGACGGACUGGCCUGUACCAUACUGGAAGCGCAAUACCAGCAAAAUCAGCGAAUUCAGGAGCUCAUUCAGCAACAACAGCAUAGUACACUUGCCCUCACUUUGCCGGAGUCAGAAGUGCCAACCUUUAGUGGCAACCCUAUUGAGUAUUGGUCCUUUGGACAAGCAUUCGAGAACCUAAUCGAGAGUAGAACGACCAGUAACAGUGCUCGCCUGUAUUACUUAGUACAAUACACCUCAGGCGAAGUGCGUGAGUUGAUGAGGAGUUGUCUAGCUAUGAAACCCGAAGACGGAUAUCAAGAGGCGCGCACUUUGCUGAAGGACAGAUAUGGCCAAAGUUAUCGCAUAGCGACCGCGUACGUUGAAAGGCUCACCAAUGGACCGCCCAUCAAAGCCGAAGAUAGCGUCGCAUUACGUCGAUUCUCAGUUCUUCUAACUGGAUGGACGAACACCGUUGGUGACACUGGAUAUCUCAGCAAAGCCGAGAACCCGGAAACACUAAGAAUGAUCGUCAAGAGACUGCCCUAAGGCCUAAAGUUGAAAUUGCGUGAUAUUGCAGGAGGCAUCACCGAAAUUCAGAAGAGAGAGACUUGAACGACUUCGUUAAGGCCAAAGCGAGAGUAGCCACGCACGCUAUAUUCGAUAACGUAUCGAGUCAUCCUCCGACGCCACCAUCAGCUAUGAAAGAGAAGAAGAAGCCUUCCCCUUUGCGACCUGCGUCACCGUACGGAACGAAGCCCGCACCGAUCAAGUGAACAAAGAAGCCAGCAAAAAACGCAUCCAAAUCAUAUGUCUGCUUUGUAAUUCUAAUCAUUGGCUCUUACAAUGCGUCAAUUUCAAGGCUAAAUCCCUCGAUGAGAGCCCCAAGUUCGUACACUCCAAAGACCUCUGCAUUAAUUGUCUUGUUCAUGGCCAUGCUGUUAGUUCCUGCCCCAAGGAGAGUUUUUGUCGAGAAACCGGAUGUAAGGAAAUUCAUUCGAGCUAUCUUCAUCCCCGCGAUGCACCUGCUGCGACUGGACGCGAUUCUGCACCUGCAGUGACUAACCUCUCAAGUCAACCCAGCAACCAAGCGUUGAAUGGCUAUGUUAAGGGAAAAGGUGAUAGUCGCUGUGGCGAAAAUGACGGCAAACUUGCGUCCGCAGCCGGAUUAGCACUACUGCCUCUUAAGGUUAAAGCACCAGGUCUCGACAAGAUCGUGGAAACCUACGCAUUUUUGGAUAAUGGUUCCAAUACUUCUUUCUGUUCAGAGGGACUCAUUGCAGAGCUUGGCAUUAAUGGACGAGAAACAACAUUGUCACUGACAACCAUGGAAAGCAAAAACACCAGCAUCAAAUGCUUAGCAGUUGACCCUGACAUUUAGUUUUUAGGCCGAAGCGUUUCAACCUUGUUUUAUGUUUUUAGUUAAAGGCAAUCAGCUGUUUCCGCCUUUAAAGGGGCCGGAAUGUUAGUUACGAAACGCUUAGUUAAUAUACACUUUAUUAUAGUUUUGUUCUGGUUCAUUUUUAUCAAUAAGUCUUUCGUUAGUUAAUGAUUAUUACAGCAAGUUUGUUAUCUCUGAUCAAAUUUUUAUUU